AUGGACCCCGCCGACUUUCACAAGACAAUCCCAGCCCCAAAAAUCACUCCAAUCUAUGACGCAACCGACUCGCUUGCCAGGUCACCCACACGAUCCACGUUCUCUGGUCAGCAUGUAGCGUCACCAGCCUCGUUUGGCUCCCCAGGUGGCGACACCCCCCUGUCUCCAGGCAACAUCCACUCGCCCAGCAAGUCGGUGAGCACCAACCUCUCCCCCCCGCCACGCCAGUCAAUGGAUAGGCCCCUCCCCAAGGUUCCUUCCGACACCCCGUCGGGUAGCGACAGCGACAGAGGCAAGGGCCUCGGCCUCGGCCUUGGUAACAUUGGCGGUCACCAGGAGGGCGUCGGAACCGGCGCAGGUGCAGACGACUCCAACGACUCCAACCCCUUCCACGUCGAUCUUGUCAUUCCCUACGACAUCUCACUUCGGGGAGCAGAGCGCCGCGAAGCCCUGUAUGACGCCCAGGGCGGUUACUCGCGUCUGCUCGCGGCGCUCGAGAGCAUUGGUGGACUCCGCAUCGCUUGCCGCCCCGGCCGCGGCGGUAAGGGUGCCGAGGACGUUUGGGUCUUCGUCGGCGCCAGCGACGCCAAGAUUUCCGAGCUGGCUGAGAUGGAGAGGGUGAUCGACAAGGCGUAUGGUAUGAUUGUGCCUAAGAAGAUUGAGGCCGUGUCGCCAGCCACCCGCCUCCGUCUGCUGUAUGACCUCCUCACCUCCCCGGGCAUCCAGGAUGGCCUCGGCAUCACUCCCGGAGAGGGCGAGUGGACUCGAGUCAAGUCGAUCAUGGCCCUUCACGAUGAGGCCACCGACAACAAGUGGGUGGAGCGCUGGUCGGUCGGCGGCGACUGGCAAAUUGGCCUCCUCAGAGGCCUGGAUCAGAAGGACGAGGACGUUCUGAGCUACAACCAACCCCCGCCUGUCAGACUGUACUUCAACUACCUCUCGACCUAUACCAUGUCGCUCAUGCCGCUAUGCGCCAUCUCAGUCGCUUUCUGGCUCUUCACUCCGCCCGACAGCUUCCCGCCGCUGUACGCCUUUGCCCUCGCCAUCUACUCGACCGUUUUCAUCGCCGGAUGGCGUGUCCGCGAGAAGAAGCUCGCGGUGCGCUGGGGUACGCGUGGCUGCGAGACGCGCCGUGUUGGCCGGAUGCGUCCGCAGUACGUCAUCAACGAGAAGGUCAUGAGCCUCGACCAGCCUCACCACAAGGCAGACCUUGUUUGCGACGGAAAGAUGAUCGCCUCGGUCCCCAUUGUACUUCUCUGUGGUGCUCUCCUCGGCUGCGUCCUCCUGAGCAUCUUCAUGCUCGAGGCGUUCAUUUCCCAGCUGUGGCAUGGCCCCGGCAAGGCCGUCAUCGGUUUCGUCCCGACGAUCCUGUUCUCAGGCGUCGUGCCCCAGGUCAUUGCCGCGGCCGCUCAGGUCAGCGGUAAACUCGUGAACUGGGAGGACCACCGGACUUGGAUCAGCGCCACCAAGUCUCUCACGGCCAAGACAUUUGCCAUGAACUGCAUCGUCGCUUACCUUGGCCUCUAUCUGUCUUCCUAUGUAUACCUUCCUUUCGGCCCUUACAUCAUGGGCUACAUCCAGAAACUCCUGUUCCACUACCAGGGCCCUGCAGAUGACAAGUUUGCGGCAACGCAACAGCUCGCGUCCGCCCGGUCAAAGGUCAACGCUGGCCGUCUCCGCGCGCAGGUCUUUGCCUACACCGUUACGAACCAGGUGAUCGGUGCGUUCCUUGAGACCGGCCUUCCAUUCAUCCUCCGCUAUGUCAACGACGUCCGCAGUGGCAAGGUCGCCGUGAUGGACAUUUUCAAGGGCGGCAAAAAGGAUGACGAGAAGGCUACCGCUGGCGGGCAGGAUGUCGAGAAGCGUUUCCUCGACAAGGUGGAGCACGAGCUUGCGCUGCCCGAGUACAACAUCUUUGUCGACUACGCCGAGAUGGUGACUCAGUUUGGUUACGUUGUUAUUUGGAGCAUUGUGUGGCCGAUUGCGCCCGUCUUCGCCCUCAUCAACAACUACUUUGAGCUGCGCAGCGACGCCGUCAAGAUCAGCAAGCACGUGAGGCGCCCGCUUGGUGACCGCGUCGAGACGAUCGGUACUUGGAUGGACGCCCUCGGGAUUAUAGCGUGGAUGGGCGCGUGGACGAGCGCGACGCUCAUCGAGCUCUUCCGCCCCCGCCAGUCUCUCCUGGGUGUUCGCAAGACGGUCGCCAACUUCCUGGCCUCGCACGACGUCGCACCGACAUUCCACCAGGUCAUUCCGACUCUGAUCCCCGUCGCGUUCUACGCCCUCGCCGCCUCGCACGGCUACCUCGUCCUUCGCGCGAUCGUCAACGGCGUCGCUGAGCGUGUGUUCUGGCGCGGCUCGCCCGAAGAGCUGGCCGAGGAGCAAGCGCGCAGCAACCUGUCCAAGACGGGCGUCGAGGAUGUCAUUGACGCCCAUGAGGACGCACAGCAGAAGGUGAACUACACGUUCCCGGCCGGCGACGCCACGUUCUGGGACGGCGGGAAGGGCGGUGCCGAGGAGAUUGUGCGUCUCCAUAAGGCCGAGUAA